GCAGCGGAUGCAGAUCCAUUUGGGAACUCGCGCGAGUGAAUCUGCGAGCAAAGCAGUCUGAUCAAUUUCAUGAACAGAAGACGAUCGAAGUCAUGCGGGAAAGCAAGUGGAAGCGUAAGAUUCCGACGUUGCCCCAGUCAGGGUACAUGAAACAGAAAGGAAGCGUGUGGGCAUAUCAAUCUUGGACGACGACGGACGUCGACUGAGCCGAUGAAGAACAGAGGCAGUUGAUCGUAAGCAGUGAGAUGAACAGCGGUAAUUGUUAGCUUAGAUCGUAUCGAUGCGAAAGAGAAUUCAGAUUCUAUGAUCAACAAACACAGCCAGCGUGCAUCAAUUUGCUCCCGCCAUCUCCAAUAUUUUGUCAGGUCCAUAGGUCCUCGUAUUCCCGAGCAAGAGUUUAGUUCAUAGUCACGACAUUAGAUUGUAAUCCAGAAUAUGAGGACAGCUUAUCUUGUUGAAGACGAAGAGCUGGAUGCUGUGAUCCUUGGUAAGGAGGGCUAUAACGAAACUGAAGAGCUCGGGAUUGAGCACACUGUCACUUGGCAUACGGCACGGACAAGGAGACGCGAUAAGCAUCAACACUAUGGCAGAACAGUUUGAAAGCAGAACAGCUCGAAGGCUUUCGCUUGGUAGUUGGCAAGAAUGAGCAUAUGUGGCAAAUAUAAGCAGGAGCAACCAGAACUCCAGUAAUUGGAUAUCACAUCGUUCAAAUAUGAGAUUCAAUUCACUGCAUCAUGUGAAUCAUUAUGUCUCGAACCGGGUGCUGUUCGGUGGAUUCUUCGUUGACUUCGGUUGCUGGAAGAGUCUCCUUAAUGCAGGUGGCUGGCAGGUGAAAUGGCAGAGGCUGAGGCAGAACGAAUUGUCAUUGUUGAUGGUCGCUGGAUGCCCUUAUUCCGUAGGGCUGGCACCCCUGUACAGCUGACUUAGUUUCCCACAACAAUCAUGACGGCCCCUGGAAAGCCAAUCACUUAAGUUUCCACCGAUUUCCUGCUGUUGGUGUUAAUCUGCACGUCUGCGUCUAUUCGUUUCUACUAAGUUGCCACCAUUUGUGCUCAUCGGUCCUCUUCUUCCCAUCGGCUACCACUCAACUCAGCAUUAAACCUUUACUUGCAUUCUGCCAUUGAGACGGCCAAACAGCGAUCAAAACUAUUCAAAGGUUAUCAAGUUCUUCCUAGCAAUGAACGUCGUUCUCUCGCCCAUGGGGUUUUCGUGAAAGUGGAUCGCAAGGCAAAAUGAGAAUUGAAAUGGGCACGGGCGAUGCAGCUGAUUCCAACAAGAGGAUAACAGCAGGUGCCAUCCCAGGUUUCGCACCCACUACAACCACAGUUUUCUUCUUGAUGUCCAACUGCUCCUGAACGAGUUCGUAGUGCUUAAAAAAAUGGUAGAGUGGAGUUGAAGGACAGAUGAAAUCAAUGAUUCCAAGACUGAAGAGCUUCCAAAGAUAAAGGCGAAUAAUCCAUGCUUACACUAUUGCAUGAUGAAGAAAGUCGCUCAACUACUACACAGCAACAGAAGGCUGGAACCCUACCAAGACGCUGGUAAAACUAUCCAAUUCGAUGUGAAUUUCCGAUAAAAAAGUACCAACUGAAGGCAGGAAGUAGCUAACCAUAUUGUUACCAUCUGCAUCUACUGAAGGGAAGAUAGAGUCAUCCUCACCACCUCCCUUGUACAGAUGGUGGUAUCAUUAUAUUGGGACCCAGUGACUGUUGUCCACGACGUAGACAAUCGUAGUGAGAGGUUUGCAAAACCUUAGUACCUAGAAUAUCACAUCCAAACCUUGUAACAACGCAAUGUACUAGUGAUGACUAAGCCUUCUUUUGUCAGCAGUGAGUGGGUCUAUAAGACUGAAUCCACUUUGGAUCCUCUGUUCAACAGAGGAGGAAGGUGGUGGCCAAUGGCUUUCAUUAGCAAGAAGGGUGAACUUACGGAAAGAACCUACAAAUGUAAGAUCAACAGAAUCUGAAGGCCUUGAAAUAAAAGCUCGAAUGUUGAAUGUUAAGAACAAUUUCUUUGGACACGUACAUUACUGUGUUCAAGAUUUUCCAAAGUAGAGUCUCACCAUGAACUCUGCGUGAAAGAUGUG